UACCAUUCCCGGCUAAGAGCCGUUCCAAGGAAGCAAACUCCGGGCCACAAGCAGGUAGUGCAUCUCCAGAUGUCCACACAAUGGGUUUCCACACAGCAGGUCUCCAGGUGACCCACAACUUCUGUGUGAGGUGGCUGUGUUGCCAGGUUAACUGGGGAGACCCUGCACCCUGGGGACUCGACCCACCCAGACCUGAAAGAGUCACCGCAGUUUCUCCGUCUUGUCACAAGAAUAAACUCGAGGACAGACACGCAGCACCGUGGAUGACUAACACGCCAGAAAAGUUUAUUGAAGUGCAAAACACACUCUGGAGAUAUGAGAGCCGGGAGCUCGAGAGAAAGAGAGAGAGAGCGUGAGAACGAGCGCGCACUCGAGAGAGCUACGUGAUGAGGAUGUCCCAGGAACCUCGGACAUACUUUCUUUUCCUGUUCCUUUUUCUGAGCCAUGGAGUGGCAAGUCAUAGAGUUCCAGAUUCCAGGAAGGAUUUGGAUCCAUUGUUGCAAAAAAUGGCGGAAGAAAUAAUAGAUGGAAGCUAUCUGAAUGCGUUACUGGAUCUCAUACAGUUUCAAAGCUCGCAUGGGUGGACAGCAGACCUGUCCCACAGAGUCCUGGCCUAUCUGAAUUCACGGAAUGUUGCCUUCACCAUCCCCAGCCUGCAGGCAGCGAUGGAAAAUCACCUGGAGCAGCGCCUGUACCAGCCCCAGAAGCUGCUAGAAGACCUGAGGGAAACAGAUGCUCAGCGCUUCUGCACCGCCAUGAAAUACCUCUUAGAAGACAAGAAGGACCUCUUGGAGCUGGAAGACAUUGUUAUUGACUUGGGAGAGAUCCGGAAACAAGCCUUGCAGAGCCCUGGUGUGAACCGCAGCCUGUUUCUCAUCACACUGGAGAGGUGUUUCCAGGUGCUGAACUCCCUGGAGUGUGUGGAGAUCCUGGGCAGGGUGCUGAGAGGCUCCUCAGGCAGCCUUCUGCAGCCAGAAAUCGCAGAGAAGCUCCCCCGGGACCUGCGUGAGGACGCUUUCAAGAACCUAUCUGCGGUGUUCAGAGAUCUCUACGACCAAACCUCCGCUCAUUCCCAGAGAGCUCUCUACUUCUGGAUGACUGGGAUUUUGCAGAUGUCCUCCAACGCUAGUGGUGAACCUGGCCUUCAAGAUGACUCUGUUUCAUGGGUCAGUGCAGAAAACUUAUGGAUUUUGGGCAGAUAUAUGGUUCACCUAUCAUUUGAAGAAAUUGCAAAAAUCAGUCCUGUAGAAAUCGGGCUGUUCAUCAGCUAUGACAAUGCCACCAAGCAGCUGGACACGGUUUAUGAUAUCACGCCCGAACUCGCCCAGGCGUUUCUGGAGAGGAUCAGCUCCUCCAACUUUGACAUGAGGAACACUUCCACCAUCCACAGGCUGGGGCUGCUGAUCUGUUUCUACGAUGACCUGGAUUUGCUGGACGCCGCCGUGGCCCAAGUCCUCCUGCACCAGAUGAUCAAGUGUAGCCACCUGAGGGGCUUCCAGGCUGGGGUUCAGAAGCUCAAAGCCGACCUCCUGGACAUCGCCACGGAGAACCAGACCCUCAAUGAGACUCUGGGCUCUUUGUCGGAUGCGGUUGUGGGCUUGACCCACAGUCAACUGGAAUCCCUCUCUCCCGAGGCUGUGCAUGGCGCCAUCUCCACCCUCAACCAGGUCUCAGGCUGGGCCAAGAGCCAGGCCAUCAUCUUGUCUGCCAAAUACUUGGCCCAUGAGAAGGUGCCGUCUUUCUACAACGUCAGCCAGAUGGGAGUGCUGCUGGCUGGGCUGGCCACCCAGGCUUUCCACGCCAUGGAUCGCAGGGACCUCUUGCAGGUCCUGAGAAGCACUGUCUCCUUGCACGUGUCCAACUUGUCGCCUGCCCAGAAGCAAGGUGUCCUCAGCAAGAUGAUCGAAACAGGAGAUGCUGCCUCGAACAUUGUGGAAAUACAAGGGGCUUUCUUUAAGGAAGUAUCCCUUUUCGAUUUACGGAGGGGAGCCGGAUUUAACACUACAGUCCUAAAGGAAAAGGAGCUUCGAAGGAGCCAGGCCUUGUUCCUGUAUGACCUUCUGUCGAAGUCAACCAGACAGCCCGAGGAGCUCCUGAGCACAGGGCAGCUGAUCAAAGGUGUGAUGUGCUCCCACAUAGAUGCCAUGAGUGCGGACUCCUUUCUGGCCCAUUUCCACUAUUUUGAGAACAACCUCUCCCUGCUCUCACCGUAUCAGGUUAAUUGUUUGGCGUGGAAAUACUGGGAGGUCUCCAGGUCCUCUAUGCCACCUUUCCUCCUGGCUGUGCUCCCGGCUCACUACCUGGCUUCUGUCCCAGCUUCCCAGUGUGUGCCCUUUCUCAUCAGCCUGGGGAAGAGUCAGCUGGACUCCUUGGUUUUAGAUUCCCACAAAAAGAAUUCAGUCCUUAGGAAGGUACAGCAGUGCCUGAACAACUCCAUUGCCGACGAGUAUGCAGUAGACAUCGUGGGGAAACUGCUCUGCCACUUGCCAGCUGCUGUCCUCCACCGAGGGGUCUCCGCCCGAGCCUGGGCCACAGCCCUGCCCACACUCAGAGACUGCCCAGAGCUCAGCCCCGAGCAGAAGGCUGCAGUGAGGCUCAGGCUCCUGGAACAGUGCGGACUCCCCCAGAACUGGACGGCUGAGACGGCAAAGGACUUGGGACCCUUUCUAAUGCUUUUUUCAGAAGACGAAUUAAGCUCUGUUGCCACAAAGUUUCCUGAUAUCCUUCAGCAGACAGCGUCCAAGACAGCUGGGACCUUGCCCCUGCAAGGAUUCCUCCGGGCUGUCUUUGAAUCUGUCCGGAACAGCAGGGAGAAGAGCCCCAGCUCGGCCCCCAGCCCCGGUUGCCAUGGAGUCAUGGCUCCUUCUUCUGGUGACAUCUUAAAGUUGGCAGAAGCCAAUGCCUGCUGGGCCCCCGCCGACCUGCUCUGCAUGGAGGAAUCCACGUUCAUCCGGAACGUGGAGCUUCUGGGGGCCGUCAGGGGUUUCAGGCUGCCUCAGCUGAUGACCCUGAAGGAGAAGGCUGUACAGGUUUGGGACAUGCCUUCUUACUGGAAAGAAUACCAUAUCGCCUCACUGGGGCGCAUUGCUCUGGCUCUUAAUGAGAGUGAGCUGGAGCAGCUGGAUCUCAGCUCCAUCGACACUGUGGCUUCCCUAAGCUGGCAGACAGAAUGGACGCCAGGACAGGCUAAAUCCAUCCUGCAAGGAUUCCUGGAGGAUUCAGGCUACAGUAUCCAGGAUCUGAAGAGCUUCCAUUUACUAGGACUUGGUACAACCCUGUGUGCUAUGAAUGCCACCGAAAUCUCACUCAUAAAGAUCUCAGAAUUCAGGGUGGUGGUGGCCAGAAUUGGGACCCUGCUCUGCAGCACUCAUGUCUUGGCUGAGUUUAAGAAGAAGGCAGAAGUAGUAUUUGGGGAUCCCACCGAGUGGUCCAGCUCUGUCCUGCAGGAGCUCGGGACUAUGGCAGCUGGAUUAACUAAGGAAGAGCUCCAAAUGCUGGACAAGGAUUUGAUGCCAUAUUUCCAGCCAUCAGCAAUCAAAUGCCUUCCUGAUGAGAUAUUCAAAGAGCUAUCCGCGGAGCAGAUCGCUGCGCUGGGCCCUGAGAACGCCGCGGCGGUGACCCCAGCCCAGCGCCGGCGGCUCAGCAUGCUACAGCUGCAGAGCCUCCAGCGAGCGCUAGAUGGCGCCAACACACGCACCUGGCUGGACACGCCCCCGAGCGCCAGUCCCACCCGGACCUCCUCCUCCAAUUCUCCUCCUGGAGGCCCUGUCACCUGGGGUCCUUGGCUUGGCUGUCUGCUGGUUCUCCUGCCCAAGACCGUGUGGUGAGCGGCAUGUGCAGAUGGCCCUUCAGUGCCCGAGCAACUGGCCCCGCUGUGUGGAAACAGAGGCCCUCCAGACUGUGAGAGCCCUACUACCCCAACCCACAGCCUCCACUGGGACAGGGAGACCCCAGAGCCUUGAAAUUUAAAAGGCACUGGAAGGAAGAAUAAUGAUUAAAAAUGAUCUGAAAAACUUC